GGCCGCCAUCAUGGCAAAGUUGAUCGAAAGGGAGAACCAAGAGGGUACCUAAUUUUCCCCAUUUCUCCCCCUUUCCCCAUGAGUAACACCUUCAAAACCUAAGACAUCAUGGAGGAGAGAUCAGAGGGCUUGAGGCUAUGGAAAAAUAAGUUGGAUGACAUUGUAAGCCUUGCGUCACAGCUCCAGCCAGAGGACCACAAAGUUGCCGCAGAAAUCUGGUUUGCUGCACUAAAACAGAUCCAGACACUGUGGAGCAAAGCCCAGCUGUCUCCAUCACGUGAGUGUGUGAGUGAGCUGUCAUCUCUUGAAGAUGUUAACUCGUUAUCAACAAGAAAGACCACAGUAUUUCAAGAUGAAGAACAUUCAAACAAUAAUGCAACAUCAAUCAACAUAUCAAACCAGACCAUUAAUAGAAGAAAUGGCAAAGAAGGCAGAAGGGAUAUGUUCCAGCAGCAUCCUUUGAGUCCUUCAGCGGCCAAGAAGAUCAAAAAGGAGCAUCAGGACCCAGAGGAAGAAGUAGAUGAGGAGGACUUACAGAAUGUCAAGGCCCUGGUCAAGCAAGAGGUCAUGAACGGGGAGGAAAGCCAGAGGAACAGCGGGGAUGAGAAUGAGAAUGAGGUGCAAUCUGUUCACUUAAUGAUAUCUGCCGAUCCAGUACUAGUACCAAAUAUGAGCAAGUUUAAAAAGGUUCAGAAGAGCAAUGCCUCAGGUAAAACAGAAACUGCCUACCAGUGUGAGAAAUGCCCCAAGCAGUACCGAACACCUGUAGCUUUGUACAAACAUAGAUCAACACACACCAAAAAUUUAGAAUGUCAGAUCUGUCACCAAAGAUUGUCAAAUCGACAUGCUCUCAAUGCACACAAGAGAACGCACACAGGGGAAAGGCCAUAUGAGUGCACCAAGUGCUCUUCCAGGUUCACAACUCGUGGUAAUUUAGCACGACACAUUGCUGGCCAUGAGGGGAAAAAGCCGUGGCAGUGUGACAUCUGCGGCAAGAGAUACACUGAGAAGAAGUCUGUUAAGGUUCACAUGCGCACUCACACUGGAGAGAAGCCUUAUGCAUGUUCAGUGUGCCCCAAACGAUUCUCACAGUCGGGAAUCCUGCAAGCACAUAUGUUAAUACAUACAGACCAAUAUGCACAUCUGUGUGAUGUGUGUGGACGCUCAUUUCGGCAGAGAUCGCAACUCAUAACCCACCAUCUGCGUCAUGAAGGAGUCAGACCCUACUCAUGUACUGAGUGUGAAAGGAAAUUCACAACUAAAGGGGACAUGGAGAGACACAUGCGCACUCAUACUGGGGAACGGCCAUACCAUUGCGAUGUGUGUGGCUCUUCCUUUGCUCGCCCUCAAACCCUUCAGGAACACAAGAACAGACACUACAACUUCAAGCCGUAUGUUUGCAAGAUAUGCGGCAAAAGCUUUCAUGAACUUGCUGCCUGUUCUCGUCAUGUCAAGGGCCAGCAUGGGAGGGAGCCAGCUGCAGCCAGUAUCAUCAGAUUGAACAGUCAAAAUCAACAAGAAGGUAGAAAAGAAAGAAUUCUCUUAACACAUGUCGAUGAAGAUGACGAGGAAAAUAGAAAUGAAGAUGAGGAUGUGGAUAAUGAUGGUGAAGAGGAUACCAGAGAUGGGAGUGAAGCAGAUAAAGAUGAAGAAGGAGACAUCAAACACCACAUCUUUGUCAUGCAUACAGCUGAUAGUGAAGAGACAAAGCUCAUUACAAUCGCUGAACAAUCAGUAACACAUGCAGAGACUAUCAGCAGGCAAGGUUCUGCUGUGACUUGUGAGGGAUGUGGCACUCUGAUGUCUUCCAUGGCUGUACUGAAAAACCAUGCAAGGCAGUGCAAGGCUCAGGCUGGAGUGUCAGUGGCCGAGUGGCUGGUCCACGGGAGUGCAGGAAGCCCUAGUAGUGGCAUGGAGAUCACAGUUGGGGAGAGUGGGGCUAGUGGGGACCUAGGAUGUGUGGAGGAGAGCAGCAGUGGCCUGGAGUGCGUCAAGGAGGUGGAUAGCUCGGGACUGAGCCAUGCCGUUACCAUCAGUGAGGAUGGCAGCAUCACCUCAGUGCCUCUGUCACAACUUGCACCAUUGCAUUUGCAGUUGGAAAAUGACUACAUGGUAGUGCUCAGUGAUGACACAAGAGCACAAGAAGCAACUUCCUCUUUCCAAACACAAGACUUGCAACAGGUUGAUGAGUCAACUCUCACAGGACGAUGA